UAAAUAUUAUAAAGAAGAAGAGGAGGAAGUCGAAGAAGAAGAAACAAAUAUGGCGGCUUCCUGUGGGUCAAAACGGCGACAAACUGAGGAAGUUUUUCAUUCUGUGAACUUGACACUUUGAGCCGACGCUGCUUUCAGUAUGUGGACGAGCGCCAAGACAAUAAGAGCUUCUGUGGAAUCGCUGAAGCGCUGUCAGCGUUGCUGUAUGGGGACAGUAUGGAGGGGCGACACUGACCGCGGGCAGCGACAGCUAUGUAGAGUCCUGUCAUCGGCAUCAAAACCCAAAUGGAGGCUCCUGUUUUUUGGCACUGAUCACUUCGCUGUGGAAUCUCUCAAACUUCUCACAUCCUGCAGGGGCACCAGUGAAGGGAUAGUGGAGACCCUUGAAGUUGUUACCUUGGCUGGUGAUGUUCCAGUGAAGAGGUUUGCUCAAGAGAACCACCUUCCGCUACACAGUUGGCCCCCUGAUGAUGUGAAUGGACGGUUUGAUGUUGGUGUGGUCGUGUCUUUUGGCUGCCUACUUCCUGAGAGACUAAUCAGCAAGUUUCCAUAUGGGAUUUUGAAUGUUCACCCUAGCCUGCUGCCAAGAUGGCGCGGUCCAGCUCCUAUCUUCCACACCAUCUUGCAUGGUGACAGUGUGACAGGAGUCUCCAUCAUCCAGAUCCGACCUCACAGGUUUGAUGUGGGGCCUAUUCUCAACCAGCAAUUCUAUCAGGUCCCUGAGAAUUGUACUGCUGAUGAGCUGGGAGGUACUCUAGCCACAAUGGGAGCACAUCUCCUGAUUAACACGUUGAUGUCACUGUCUGAGAGAAUGGAAAAUCAAAGGGAACAAGGACAAACUGGUGCAACAUUUGCCCCAAAAAUCAAGAUGUCCAUGAGCUGGAUUGUGUGGGAGGAACAGACUUGUGACCAAAUUGACCGUCUAUAUCGUGCAGUCGGGUCCCGGAUACCUUUGAGGACUAUGUGGAUGGGCAGAACAAUAAAACUUCUGGAUUUUGCUGGAAAAUGUCAUGUGUCAUUAUCAGAUCAAAGAAGGAACCCCAUCCCCGGUUCAGUGAGCUUUCAGAAGGAGUCAAAUACUCUAGCAGUCUGCUGCAAGACUCUUCCUCUCUGGGAACAUCUCGGGCCCCCACCUAUCUCCCCCCACCACACUCCCUGCCGGUGGCUGAUGACCUCACCUCUUGGUGCAUUGUAGUUCUUGGUGUCUGGGGCUGGGUGCUCGGGUGUGUACUGUCUCACUCCUAGUGGCUGCUUGGCGGGUCCUGGUGCGGGUGGCUCGGUCGUGAGGGUGAUGCUCUCCUCAGCUCUUUUCUAGGAGGGUGGCGCAUCCGCCCUUUCGGUGGACCUCCUUGGACUCUUAUGUUCUGGGGGGCCUUUAGAUGUCUGGGCCUGGAUAUCCUUCACGCCUGCUUCAUUUCCUGGAGGGGCAGGGCUAUGGCUCCCCACAACUACUAUCAGAUAUGGAUAGUAGCAUUCAUGGAGAAACCUUUUGAAUGCAGGCACGCUCACGCACACGGGUGUUCACAGACACACGCUAUCUUCCUUGGCUGCUCCCUUUAAGCAUAUUGUGCU